CGGGACCGGCGGUGGGCCGGGCGCGGGUGCGCGGUGCGGGCGACAGGCGCCAUGCCCAUGUACCGGCUGAGGCCCUUCCACAGGGUGGGCGGGGAGGUGCUGGCGGAGCAGCUGCCCACCUGCAUGUACCGCCUGCCCAGCCUGCACCGCCGCCCCUCACCCGCAGCCUCGCCGCCGCCGCAGGAAGAAGUUGACCCAUCACUUCAAGCACUUGAAUCCCGCCAGGAAGAGAUUCUAAAACGCUUGUAUGAACUGAAGAGUGCUGUUGAUGGUCUCUCAAAGAUGAUCCAAACCCCAGAUGCUGAUUUUGAUGUAACUAAUAUCAUUCAAACCGAUGAAGGUUCCCCUUUGACAGCAAAUGGAGCAGACUUAGAUUUGAUGCUUGGGAAGGAUUAUGGUGCCCUGAAAGAUGUUGUAAUCAACGCCAACCCUUCUCUACCUCCACUAUCAUUACUAGUACUGCACAGUCUGCUUUGUGAACGCUUUAAAAUACUAUCAGCAGUUCACACGCAUUCAUCUGUGAAAAGUGUGCCAGAAAACCUCAUGAAAUGCUUUGGAGAGCAGACUACGAAGCAGCCACGUCAUGAGUAUCAGUUGGGCUUUACUCUUAUUUGGAAGGAUGUUCCAAAACCCCAGAUGAAGUUUAGCGUUCAAACAAUGUGCCCUAUUGAAGGAGAAGGGAACAUCGCUAGAUUUCUCUUUUCCCUGUUUGGCCAGAAGUACAACGCAGUUACUUCAACUUUGAUUGACAGCUGGGUCGAUACCGCCAUCUUCCAGCUAAAAGAAGGUAGCAGUAAGGAAAAAGGAGCAGUCUUGCGCUCUAUGAAUGCUGCUCUGGGCAAGACAGCGUGGCUGGUGGGAAAUGAACUCACCGUAGCAGACAUUGUUGCGUGGUGUGCGCUUCAGCAGACAGGUAGUGCAAAUGCUGCCCCAGCCAAUGUGCAAAAAUGGAUGAAGUCAUGUGAGAACUUGGCACCUUUUGGCUCUGUUAUGAAGCUACUGAAGUAAGCCUGUACUCUUCAUAAUGGUGUAAUUUUAACCUUACUCCACCUCCUGCCUGCUGUAGUGGUGUGAGUCAUUUUGGAGAUGUAUUCAAGUACUACAGUUGGACAGAAUUCUAAAGUCAAUAAAAAUGUUACAGCUA